CUAAAUGUACACUCAUAGUGGCAGCCAUUGUUGUAUGUUUGGUCACUUCUUUAUCUUCCCCUCCUUUUAAAGCUCUUCGUUCUUCCUCUUCCUUGUUUUUACGAAAUUUGGAACAGUUACAUCAGUUACUGUCCCUGGUUUUGCUACUAGAGUAGUUUCUUCUGGUGUUUCACCUCAGGGACAAGGACCCUUUUGUUUUUAUUCUUCUGGGAAAAGACAAGGCAAGCUCAUGGCUCACUCUAUUGCUCGUGGCACUCUUGGCCUCACUCAGCCUGCUCAAAUCGAGCCCCCUAAGAUCUCUUUUGCUCCUAAAGAGAUUGAUGUGGUGGAAUGGAAAGGGGAUAUUCUUACAGUGGGUGUUACAGAGAAGGACAUGGUGAAGGACAAUGAUUCGAAGUUCAAAAACCCAAUUUUGCGGAAGUUAGAUGCCAAAUUAAAUGGUCUUCUAUCUGAAGCUUCUUCUGAGGAGGAUUUUACUGGAAAAUGUGGCCAGUCAACAGUUUUUAGGUUGCCAGGCCUCGGCUCCAAAAGGGUAGGCUUGAUUGGACUUGGCCAGUCAGCGUCAACUGCUAUUGAUUUCCUAUGUCUCGGUGAGUCUGUUGCAGCUGCUGCCAAGGCUUCUCAAGCCAGUAAUGUUGCUAUUGUGCUUGCCUCUUCCGAGGGUCUCUCAAAUGAAUCAAAGCUCACAGCUGCUACAGCAUUAGCAUCUGGAACUGUACUGGGGACACACGAAGAUGCUCGGUAUAAGUCUGAAUCAAAGAAAUCUGUGCUUAAGUCUGUGGACAUUAUUGGUCUUGGAACUGGACCUGAACUGGAAAAGAAGCUCAAGUAUGCCGAAGAUGUUUCUGCUGCUGUUAUUUUUGGAAGAGAGCUUGUAAAUUCCCCCGCCAAUGUACUUACCCCUGUGGCACUAGCAGAAGAGGCUUCAAAGAUUGCUUCCAUGCACAAUGAUGUUCUUUCUGUGACCAUUCUUGAUGAAGAGAAAUGCAAAGAUUUAAAAAUGGGGUCCUACCUGGGUGUUGCUGCUGCUUCUGCAAACCCACCUCGCUUCAUUCAUCUCUGCUACAAACCUCCUGACGGAUCUGCUAAGGUCAAAUUGGCCUUGGUUGGAAAGGGAUUGACUUUUGACAGUGGUGGCUACAACAUCAAGACCGGCCCUGGCUGUUUAAUUGAGAUCAUGAAAGUUGACAUGGGAGGUUCAGCAGCAGUUCUAGGUGCUGCAAAAGCCAUUGGUCAAAUUAAACCUCCUGGUGUAGAGAUUCAUUUCGUCAUUGCAGCUUGUGAGAAUAUGAUAAGCGGGACAGGCAUGAGGCCUGGGGACAUUAUCACAGCUUCAAAUGGAAAGACAAUUGAGGUCAACAAUACUGAUGCUGAAGGAAGACUGACACUUGCCGAUGCUUUAAUUUAUACUUGUAAUCUUGGUGUGGACAAGAUUAUUGACCUGGCAACAUUAACAGGAGCUUGUAUAGUUGCUCUUGGACCUGCAGUUGCAGGUGUCUUCACUCCCAGUGAUGAAUUGGCAAAGGAGGUACUUGAAGCAGCACAGGUUAGCGGAGAGAAACUUUGGAGGAUGCCAUUGGAGGAAAGUUAUUGGGAAACAAUGAAAUCCGGAGUUGCGGAUAUGCUCAACACUAGCAUUAAUCGAGCCGGAGGUGCUAUCACCGCAGCUCUGUUCUUGAAACAGUUUGUGGAUGAGAAGGUUCAGUGGAUGCACAUUGACAUAGCCGGCCCAGCGUUUACUACUGAAAAGAAGCGCGGUGCAACAGGAUUCGGCAUUUCGACUCUGGUGGAGUGGGUUCUGAAGAACUCUUUGUAGAUUACAUAUAAAAUGUUACAUUGAGAAUAAAGUGUAAGAUAGAAUGGGAGGAGAAUAUGUGUAAGAAGAUGAAGCCAUAGAUUUCUGCGUUUGUGUCUGGUUUUCUGGUUAUGAAUAAAAUUGCUCUAGGCUUUGUUCA